AUGAAGUGUCACGUAGGGAGUCUCUCAGCAACCCUACCUGCGUUGAAGGUGACUGGAUGGUCCCGUUGCUUAGCAUCUUGUCAACCAAUCACAGUGCGCGUCUGCGGGCCUAAGCGCCCCUUGUGGCCUGGCUUGGAGAAGCCAUUCAACUUUCAUAUUUUGGCAAAGCUCCAUGACAUAGGCCUGGACAAUGAUUUUUUGGAUAGGACUCUGAAAGCCCAGGCAACAAAAGUGAAAAGAAAGGGGACUGUACCCAAGUGUGCCCCCGUUCCCUGGUCCACAACCGUCACUGUCAGGUCUUGCCAUCUAAUGGCCGCUGCCUCUGCCAUGGCUGAGGCUUCCUCUAAGAUGACCGAUGAGGAAGACCAGAGCAUCCAAGAGCCCAAAAACGCCAACUCCACGAUCGUCCAGAAGAAGACGCGAGGGCUCCGAGGUUCCCGCAGGUGCCAUGCCAACCGCCGCAGGGACAGCUUCGGGGACAGCUUUGCCGCCUAUUUCCCCCAGGUGCUGAAGCAGGUUCACCAGGGCCUCAGCCUUUCCCCGGAGUCCGUGAGUGUCAUGGACUCUAUGGUCCAUGACAUAUUGGACCGCAUCGCCACCGAGGCUGGUCGCCUGGCCCGCUACGCCAAGCGUGUGACCAUCACCUCCCGGGACAUCCAGGUGGCCGUGCGCCUACUGCUGCCGGGGAAGAUGGGCAAGUUCGCUGAGGCCCAGGGCACGAAUGCCGCCCUCAGAACUUCAUUAUGUGCGAUAUGGCAACAGAGAAAGUGAAUACGCUGACAUAAGAAGAGAGGUAACCCUCCUAAACGUGUUCAGCACCUCCCUUAUCAUGAAUCCAUGUAAAUAAGCAAACGAGGCCCAGUUACAGUGUAUAUAUAGCUAAAUAAAAUUUUCAGGAAUCCAUUCAUUUUUCAGCU